UGGCAUAAAUAGGUUAUGGUGAAGAUAAUGGACAGGCUGUGGCGAGUGAAUGUAAGAUAAUAAGGUUGUGCCUUCGCCAUCCUAGGAAAAACUACCUCGUCGCACCACACGGGGCUCAGCUGGUACGGAAGUGGAGGCGGCGUGCACUUGCUCGCUCGGAAAUCGGCUGUCAAAAUGUUUAGAAUUACAAUCCGGGCAGACAUGGGAGCCGUCUGGGUUUUGCUCUGUAUCAUCUACUGCCAGUUUAUGGCGGUAUCUUCAGAUGACAUCGUGGUGGCAUGCGGGGGAUUUGUGAAGUCGGACGUUGAAAUCAAUUACUCCCUGAUUGAGAUUAAACUGUACACCAAACAAGGUUCCCUCAAAUACCAGACAGACUGUGCUCCAAUAAAUGGCUACUUUAUGAUCCCUCUAUAUGACAAGGGAGACUUUGUCUUGAAGAUUGAGCCUCCGCUUGGCUGGAGCUUUGAGCCUACCAGUGUCGACCUCCAUGUGGACGGGGUCAAUGACAUCUGUACGAAGGAAGAAGACAUCAAUUUUGUCUUCACUGGCUUUUCCGUCUCAGGAACAGUUCUGAGUAAGGGCCAUCUCCUCGGCCCAGCAGGCGUGGAAGUUAAACUCAGCCGAGCAGGAACCGAGGAGAAGCUCCAGACUGUUGUCACUCAGCCUGGAGGAAAGUAUACCUUCUUCAAAGUGCUCCCUGGAAAUUAUGACAUCACAGCCUCCCAUCCCUCCUGGACACUGGAACAGAGCGCUACAUCAGUGCAUGUUUCCAAUGCCAACGCCCCGGCUGCCGACCAUCUGGUAGUGGGAGGCUACGAUGUCUCUGGGGAAGUCCGCAGUGAUGGGGAGCCCAUGAAAGAGGUCACCUUCCUGCUGUAUUCUGCCACAGUCAAGAAGGAGGCCGUCAGUGGCUGUAACACCUCCCCAGUGGACGGGGCAGAUUCGGGGGAUAACUCGCUGGUGUACCUGUGCAGCGCCCUCUCCAGGGAGGACGGAACCUUCUCCUUUCCCUCACUGGCCAGCGGCGAGUACACCGUGGUGCCUUUCUACCGGGGAGAGCGAAUAACUUUUGAUGUGGCUCCCUCUAGAAUGAAUUUCAAGGUGGAACACAACAGUUUGAAGCUGGAGCCUAUCUUCCGUGUCAUGGGCUUCUCUGUGACAGGCCGAGUCCUCAACAGUGUGGGCGGGGAGGGCGUGCCCGACGCCACAGUGUCCCUUAACAACCAGAUCAAAGUCCUCACCAAGGAGGACGGUUCGUUCCGGUUGGAGAACAUGACAGCUGGAACCUACACCAUCCGCACCCACAAGGAGCUCAUGUUUUUUGAGCCAAUCACAGUGAAGAUAGCCCCCAACACACCCCAGCUCCCUGACAUCAUCACAGCAGGGUUCAGUGUGUGUGGCCAGAUCUCUAUCAGCCGCCUGCCUGAGGGCAUGAAGCAGCAGGGCCGCUAUAAGGUCACCCUGACACACCAGGGCCAGGACAAGAGCUCCAGCCGGACCACCGACUCCGACCCCCAGGGGGCCUUCUGCUUUCAGGCCAAACCCGGAGACUACAGUGUCCAGGUGUCUCUCCCGGAGGCGGAGGUGAAGGCGGGCCUGGCCCUGCAGCCUCAGGCCCUGGAGGUGUCUCUGGUGGACAGACCCCUCUCUGACCUGCUCUUCACCCAGUUCAUGGCCUCUGUCUCUGGCAAAGUCUACUGCCUCGCGUCCUGCGAUGACCUGUCAGUGACCCUGCAGCCGGUGAGCCGGCAGGGGGAGAGGAGGACGGUGGCUCUGUCUGGCAGCAGCGACAUCCUCAGUUUCUCCUUUGAUAACGUUCUGCCUGGGAAAUACAAAGCGAGCAUCUCCCAUGAAGAGUGGUGCUGGAAGCAUAAGUCUGUGGAAGUGGAGGUUGUGGACUCGGACGUCUUGGGGGUGGAGUUCAGACAGAUCGGCUACAUCCUGCGCUGCUCCCUCUCUCACGCCAUCACGCUGGAGUUCUUCCAAGAUGGCAGCAAACCUGAGAACGUCGGCGUGUACAACCUCUCCAAGGGAGUCAACCGCUUCUGCCUCUCCAAGCCUGGUGUUUACAAAGUCACCCCUCGCUCCUGCCACCAGUUUGAGCAGGACUUCUACACCUAUGAUACGUCGGCCCCCAGUAUCCUGACCCUGACCGCAGUCAGACAUCACAUGACCGGGCUCAUCACCACAGACAAGAUCCUCGAUGUCACCGUCACCAUCAAAUCAUCCAUCGAGAGCGAGCCGGCGCUAGUACUGGGCCCUUUGCGAAGCCAGGAGGAGCAGAGGCAGGAGCAACAGCUGCAGGAGAUUCAGCUGCGGCGCCAGGAAAGGGAGCGCCGUGCCGCAGAGGAGGAAGGAGGCGCCAGGGAUGAUAGCCCCCCUGUCCAGGAGAAGGCUGACGAACUGACAGGCCCUUUCCACUAUGAGUUUUCCUACUGGGCCAGGGCUGGAGAGAAGAUCACAGUGACACCGUCGUCCAAGGAGCUGCUGUUCUACCCCCCUGAAGUCGAGGCCACCAUCACUGGAGAGUCCUGUCCAGGCCGGCUGGUGGACAUCACUGGGCGUGCCGGUCUCUUCCUGGAGGGCAAGGUGUCGCCAGAGCUCCAAGGUGUGGAGAUCUCCAUCACUGAGAGAGGAGCUGCUGCACCGCUCAUCACUGUGGCCACCAAUGAGAUGGGAGCAUACAGCGUGGGUCCACUCCACAGUGACCGGCAGUACGACAUCAGUGCCAGCAAGGAGGGCUUCGUCCUGAGCCCUGUGGAGGGAUCCCAGGGAGACUUCAAGGCUUUCGCCCUGGCUGGUGUCACCUUCAAGAUAAAGACGGAAGAUGGCCAGCCUCUGUCAGGUGUCCUCUUGUCCUUGAGUGGCGGUCAGUUCCGCUCCAACCUGUUGACCCAGGACACUGGCCUCCUUACCUUCAACAACCUGAGUCCUGGUCAGUACUACUUCAAACCCAUGAUGAAGGAGUUCCGCUUUGAGCCAGCGUCUCAGAUGAUCACAGUGGAAGAGGGCCAGAACCUCAGUAUUGAUAUUACUGGCAUUAAGACAGCAUACAGCUGCUACGGAGCGGUGCAGUCCUUGAGCGGCGAUGCAGAGCGGGACGUGGCAGUGGAGGCGGUGGGACAGGGAGAUUGCAGCCUCUACAGCGAGGACACCGUCACCGAUGAGGAGGGCCGCUUCAGACUCCGGGGUCUGCUGCCGGGCUGCAAGUACCUGAUUCAGCUGCGAGCCGAAGGUAACGACCACAUAGAGAGAGCCCUGCCGCAGCACAGGGCAAUAGAGGUUGGCAGCAGUGACAUCGAGGGGAUCAACAUCAUCGCCUUCAGACAGAUCAAUCAGUUCGACUUGAGCGGGAACGUCAUCACCUCACCUGAACACCUACCAACACUAUCGGUGAAGCUGUAUAAGAGCGACAAUCUGGACAAUCCCAUCAACAGCGUUUCUCUGGGACAGUCCCUCUUCUUCCACUUCCCCCCUCUGGACAGAGAUGGAGAGAGCUAUGUGCUGAUGCUCUACUCCACGCUGUCCCGAUCCCAGUAUGACUUCACUCUGCCCCAGGUCUCCUUCACCUCCACUGGCUACCACAAGCACGUCACGCUCACCUUCAACCCCAACCGCAAAGUGCCUGACCAGGAUGUUGCCCAGGGCUCUUACAUAGCGCUGCCCCUCACACUGCUGCUCCUGUUAGCAGCAUACAACCAUGAGAAGGUGAUUCCUCUGCUCCUGCAGCUGGUGAACCGUAUCCAGGGCGUGAGGAGCAUGGCUCAGGCCAGCGGGGACGCCGCCACUCUGGAUGAAGCCAAACGCCAGGCCAAGAGACAGAAGGCCAGGCGCACAUGAGAACACAGCCACAGGUCACAAGGGUAAUGAUGGGUGCUGGUGAACUGCAAAGUUUGCCAAGGUGUGAUUUUUGAACAUGGACCCAGGUGGAGCCCAACAUGAACCACUCGACAUGCAUUACUUUACCACCACCACCACUUCAGCCAAUCGGAUUCUGAUACUAAUGGCCAAUAUUUUACAGGACACGUUGCUCCAUCUGUCUUGUAGAACCUUUUUUUCCUCCUCUAAAGCACUCGUCGUCUACAAGAAUUGUCAAGUUUGUGCUCGUAGAACAUGAGACAUUUUUAUACAUUUGUAACUUAUCUGGGUUAGUUGAAAUGUUUUGAAAGAACUUUGAUGCUUUCAUUUCUGCCCAAACUGUUCAGGGCCUUUGUGCACAAUAGACAACAAACACGCAUCUCGCCUAUUAGCAUUGGGGUCAUUUCACCAUCAGUUUGGUUAAUCCAGGCAGGGAAUACUCCUCAGAAUUUAAAAAAAACUGAUUUUUGUUAUAAAUAUAAAAUUACUAAAAAGAAAUGGCCAUUCUUCCAUAAGUAAGUGAAUUGUAGUUUCAAUUUUUAUCAUGAAUUGACUGAAUAUCAAAAUUAAUCAACCCCAAACCGAACUGACCCCUGUAAUGCCAUCAGAAAGAGGACAUACUGCACUGUAACGUUUAAUUAGGACAGCCAAAGAGGUCAACAAGUCAGUAAAUGCACCACCUUGCGGUCAAUCAUGCCGUGUUGGUAAAAGGUAGAUCACCCAUGCGUUACUAUAAUGCAGUCCGUUUCUGAUGGUCUUUACAGCGUGAUGCAAAUUUGACUUUAUGUCAGUUUGUCUGUUUGCUCAGGAAGGUGGUGUUUGGGGUGGGGGGCGGGGGGGUAUAAUGGCAUAGCAUAAUGGAAAUUUGGGUUUGAAUUCUGUGUGAGGAGAAGUGCAGAUUUCUGGUAGGGAGCUGUAUGGGAUAACUUUGAUAGCUGAUUAAUUUAUUAACAUUUGUCCAAUCUGAUGUGAAUGAUAAAUGCGUUCGUGUGCUAGCGAAUUUGUUUUAUAAGUGUGGUUGUUCUUGUUUUUUUUUUUGUUUUUUUUUUUAAAUGAUGUUCAGGCAGAUUUAAAUGUAUGGUAGGUUAUCCACACUAAAUUUAAGAUGACUCCUAUCCACAGAGACACUCUGUCAUACCAUGAAAAGAUCUUCUAAAGGGUAUGUCACAACGUUGGAUUAAAGUUAGAAGAAUAAAGCAGAAUGGUAAUUUCAUAAGCUCAUUGUGUUACCGCUGAGCAGUGGUAAUGCGCUGUGAAAAGUGUUGACCCCAUUUAUUUUUCUACAUUUAAUUCAUCUGCUCUCAGUUGUGACUGACUGUCAUUGAAAGAUGAAAAGGCCACUGCCUAUUUACUGAGUUGAAAGAUACUCCAAUUAGUCUACGGUUGGGGGGAUUUGAUUGGUUUGGUCGGGGGUGGGAUGAAGGGGAAUUG